AUGUUAAUGGUGGUACUGAUGUGUGUGGCGUUCGCCUUGUGGGCGUGGUCUCGGAGGAAUAACAAUAAAAAUGAACCACCCGCUGUUCCCGGUGGCCUACCUUUGAUAGGUCAUGCGCUUUCGUUGAUAGGAGACAGUACAAAAUUGUGGAACAUUGUGAAAGAGUUAUCUUACGAAAGCAUAAAAGCAGGUGGAGCCAUUUCAGCUUAUAUUGGACCAAGGACUAUAUACAUCGUGACAGAUCCUGAUGACUUUUUAACAGUAUCUAAUGCAUGCUUACAAAAAGAUGGUUUCUACGAAUUUGCAAAGCCUUGGCUUGGAGAAGGUCUAGUUACUGGAACCGUAUCUAUAUGGAAAAUUCAUCGUAGACUUCUAAAUCCAGCGUUCAGUCAGGUUGUCCUCGAUGGAUUUCUGGAUGUAUUCAACAAACAGUCUCGUCGACUCGUGAAAGAUUUAGAAGUCGAAGUUGGAAAUGGACCAUUUGACCAUUGGGUCUAUACACGUCAUAAUGCUUUGGAGACUAUAUGUUUAACCGCUUUAGGAGUGGAUUUUACGGAUAAGAGCGUGUUGAACAGUGAGUACGUGAUGGCAGCGGAGCAGAUGUUCAAUGUUCUCGUGGACAGGUUCCAGAAAUUCUGGUUACACAACCAUUUUAUAUACAGCUGGUCGGCCCUAAGGAAAAAACAAGACGGAUAUUUGAAGAUCUUGCACAAUAUGUCCAAUACGGUACUGAAAAAAAGGAAAGCUGAUUAUUUAAAUAAUAGAAACAAAACAGAGGAAAAGACGCAAGGAGCAAAGUUCAAGCCCUUUAUGGAUCUACUUCUAGAACUUUCAAUAGAGAAAGGAGCGUUUAACGAUCGUGAGAUAAGAGAACACGUGGACACAAUGAUCGUGGGCGGCCAUGACACGUCAGCCAGUGUCCUCAUGUAUAGCAUGCUACUCGUCGGUUCCUACCCUGAAGUUCAAGAUAAAGUUUUUCAAGAAUUAAACAACGUUUUUGGGGAUGACGACCGAGACGUUACGAAGCAAGACCUCUCCCAGCUAUGUUAUUUGGAGGCUGUUUUAAAAGAAACUAUGCGUAUAUACCCAAUAGUGCCUGUCAUAGCCAGACGUCUAGACAGAGAUGUCAAACUACGCAACUGCACCCUGACAAAGGGUCGAACUUGCUUCAUGUUUGUCUACGGAGUGCAUCGACAUUCCAUGUGGGGGACCGACGCCGAAGAAUUCAAGCCUGAGAGAUGGCUUAAUCCCGCAACUUUACCUGAAUGCCCUACUGCAUUUGCUGGAUUCGGCAUGGGAAGAAGGAUUUGCAUAGGUAAAUCAUACGCAUUUAUGUCAAUGAAAACGACAUUGGCACAUGUAUUCCGACACUAUAGACUCAAAGGCGAUCAUUCGAAGAUGGAAGUCAAAAUAGACGUUAUGCUUAAACCAGUUUCCGGAUAUCAUAUUACGAUUGAAAGGAGGAAACCAGACGAACCACCGAUGCUGCCAGGGGCUCUACCAUUUAUAGGACAUUCGCAUUUAUUACUCGGAAAUACUGAAAAUUUCUGGAAACAAAUCAAAGAUAUGAGUUAUAAAUGCAUGCAAAUGGGUCAUGUAUCCUUUUUCUAUGCUGGACCUUUCAAAUUUUACAUUUUAACCGAUCCAGACGACAUUUAUCACUUGUCCAACACCUGCUUUCAGAAAGAUCAAUUCAGUUACGACUUCACAAAAGAUCUCCUAGGACUUGGUUUACUUUAUGCACCAGUACCAACUUGGAGGAGACACCGAAAGAUGAUAAGCCCAGCCUUUAACCAACUCAUACUUGAUGGCUUUAUGGGUAUUUUUAAUGCUCAGGGUAAGCGCCUGGUCGAACGGUUAAAACAAGUCGAAGGAAAGGGCCCCUUUGAUCAUUCACAUCACGUCAGACAGACUUUUAUGGAAACUAUCUGCUUAACGGCAAUAGACGACAAAAUCACAGAAGAUGUUGCUUUAAAUUACGUUAAGGCAUUUGAAUCAUAUCUUAAUUAUAACAUACUUAGAUUCCAAACUAUUUGGCUGUAUCCCGAUUUUAUAUACCGUUUUAGUAGUCUCAAAAAGAAACAAGACGCUAGCGUGAAGUUUUUACAAGACACUUGUGAUAUGGUCUUACGAAAGAAAAGAGCUCAGCGAAAAUUAAAUAGCCUUUCUAAUAGCAACAAAGAUGCAAAUCCAAAAGUAAAAGUCUUUAUGGACCUAAUUUUGGACUACGAUGAAGGAACAUUGUCGGAUCAAGAGAUAAGAGAUGAAAUAAACACUAUUAUGAUGGCUGGUCACGAAACAUCCGCAACUGUUACUAAUUUUUUUUUACUGUUACUCGGAUCAUAUCCUGAUGUUCAGGAACGAGUAUACAAAGAAUUACAAGAAGUGUUAGGAGAUAGAGACGUAGAAAAAAGUGAUUUGUCCCAACUCGUCUAUUUAGAAGCGGUGAUCAAGGAAACAAUGAGAUAUUAUGUAAUGGCGCCCUUCGUUGGUAGAUAUAUCGAUCGUGAAGUUAAGCUGAAAAAUUGUACUCUGAAACCAGGAAAUAAUUGCUUUAUAUUGCUGUACGGGGUGCAUAGGAGUCCCCUGUGGGGACCGGACGUAGAGGAAUUCAGACCAGAGAGAUGGUUAGAUCCAGCAACAAUACCAAAAAAUGUGAAUGCUUUCGUCAGUUUCAGCAUUGGAAAGAGAAACUGCAUAGGUAAAACAUAUGCCAUGAUGUCGAUGAAAACACUACUGUGCCACUUACUUCGUCGAUACAAAAUACACGCCGAUGAUUCAAAUAUAGUACUUAAGCUAGAUGUAUUGCUGAAACCUGUAUCAGGACAUUUUAUUUCUAUCGAAGACAGGUUAUAAUGGAAUUAUACUUAGAAUUGUAAUUAAAUGAGCAGUUGAAAUCGCAGCUACGUUCGGAUAUAAAUUGACAAUUUUUACAUAUUUACAAUUUUGUAUAACACAUUUAUGGUUUACUUUUUUGGGGAAGAACUACUAGACUGCUCGCAGCGUUCGCUUUGGAUCACGCUUUACGGAAUAGUCGUACGCAAAAGAGACUUCCUUUUAGUCUCCUUAAGCCAUUUUUCGGUAAUUUCAGUAAUACAAAUUAAUU